CCUCCACAUUGACUGACACGUAAAUAAUUGUCAAAAUGCAUAUAUAAAGCAUAUGCAUAUAUAUACAUAUUUGUAUGAUGAUUAAGCAUUAGUGCAUUUUAGAAACAUAAAAAUGACAAGUAAUUUUUUGUAGCUAAAGGCACUUCAACUUUCCAUGAUUUCCGAUUUUUGCUAGGGUAUUUCUUUCUUAUCUUUUUCUUCUAAUUCAAGGUUAAUUCUUGUGUUUUUUUUCUGGUGAAUUGUUUUAGUGGGUUACUGUUAUUUUUUUUGUGGGUGCUGGAGAAAUAGUGUCAAAGUUGGUUCUCGGCGAAGAGAGUUGUAUUAGUUCUUGAUUUUAGAAUAAAAUUUGGAUUCUUUUUCUUGCUUGAUUUUGAACUCAAAGCUGAAUAUACGCUGCUGGAGGCUUCAAGAUUGAAAUCUUUUUCGUGUUAAAUUUACAGCAAUUCAACAAAUUUUCUGUGUUUUGCGGCCUUUUUUUCUUGGAGGAAGUUUUCAAGAAUUUGACUUCUUUUUGGGACUUAAAAGAGACUACUUGUUGGAGCAAUUUUCUGAUUUUCAGAUGCUUUUGCAGAUAUAGAAAGCAUUUCCAUUAAAAGUGUGUCAAUUAAUGAAAAGGGUGUAUUGCAUUUCUACAGAAUCUGUUAAUUUGAAGAUGAUUACUUCUAAGGAAGAAGAAGAGAAGUGGUUAGAUUCUAAAUUUUGGCAUGCCUGUGCUGGUAGUAUUGUACAAAUGCCUGCAGUUAAUUCAAUAGUGUUCUACUUUCCUCAAGGACACGCUGAGCACGCGUGUGGAAAUGUGGAGUUUAGGAGUGAAAUUAGGAUUCCAUCAUAUAUUCCUUGUAGAGUUUCAGGUAUUAAAUACAUGGCAGAUCAAGAAAAUGAUGAGGUUUUUGCCAAAAUUAGGUUGACACCUGUUAGUAGUAAUGAGGUUGAAAUUGUUGAUGAUGGGGUGGUUGCGAAAAGCGGGUUGGAUAAUGAUCAGGAAAAUCCGACUUCAUUUGCAAAGAUAUUAACGCAAUCAGAUGCGAAUAAUGGUGGGGGGUUUUCUGUUCCAAGGUAUUGUGCAGAUACGAUCUUUCCUCGCUUGGACUACUCUGCAGAUCCUCCUGUCCAGACUUUACUAGCGAAGGAUGUUCACGGGAAGACAUGGAAAUUCAGACAUAUUUACCGAGGAACACCUAGGCGUCAUCUUUUAACGACCGGUUGGACUACUUUUGUGAAUUCAAAAAAGCUCGUCGCGGGGGAUUCCAUUGUGUUCAUGAGGGCUGAAAAUGGGGAUGUUUGUGUGGGCAUUCGCCGAGUAAAGAAGGGAAUUGCAGGUGGACAUGAGACUUCUUUCGCGGUACCAUACAGAGGGUUUUCCACUUUUCUCAGGGAUGAUGAGAAUAAACUAAUGAAGAGGGGAAAAGUGAAGGCGGAAUCAGUUAUUGAAGCUGCAAAUCUUGCAGCUAGUGGACAGCCCUUUGAGGUUACUUUCUACCCCCGUGCUAGCACUCCAGAGUUCUUUGUGAAGGCCUCAAGUGUGAAGGCGGCAUUGCAGAUCCGUUGGUGCUCGGGAAUGAGGUUCAAGAUGGCCGUCGAAACUGAAGACUCAACGAUGAGCUGGUUCAUGGGAACUAUAUGUUCUGUUCAGGUUGCUGAUCCCAUUCGAUGGCCAGAUUCGCCCUGGCGGCUUCUUCAGGUGACAUGGGACGAGCCAGAUCUGCUUCAACAUGUAAAGUGUGUCAACCCAUGGCUUGUGGAAUUAGUCUCAAACAUGCCCACCGUCCACUUUUCUCCCGUCUCACCCCAACAGAAGAAACCUCGAUUACUUCAACGUUCAGAUUUUCCUCUUAACUGUCAUCUACCUAUGCCGGGUUUUCCCGACAACCACUUUCUUCCCAACGACACCCCUGCUGGCAUGCAGGGAGCCAGGCAUACCCAAUAUGGUUUCUCAUUAUCAGAUCUCCACUUCAAUAAGCUGCAUUCAAGUCCGUUUCCUGUCGGUUUUCCACCACUUGAUCAUGCUGCUGCAACCCCUAGUCCCUCCAAUAGUACAUUAAUUCCCAAGCCAAGUAGCAGCAAUGAUAUGUCUUGUUUACUAACACUUGGAAGUUCUACCGAAACAGCGACCAAAUCUGAUUGUGACAAAGCACCACAACUUGUACUCUUUGGUCAACCCAUAUUUACUGAACAGCAGAUCUCUCUAAGCAGCUCAGGAGAUACGGUUUCUCCUGUUUGUGCAAGGGCUAGUUCUUCAGAUGGGAAUGCAGAUAAAAUAGGGAACAUAUCCGAUGAAUCGGCUUUUACGUUUGAUCAUCAUGGUCUAUCUGAGCAAAAUGUAGAGAUUGGACACUGUAAAGUUUUCAUAGAAUCAGAAGAUGUAGGACUAACACUGGAACUAUCAGAGCUGGGAUCGUACGAGGCGUUACACAAGAAGUUGUCCAAUAUAUUUGGCAUUAAAAUUCCGGAGAUGCUUAAUCGUGUGCUUUACCGAGAUAUCACUGGUGCGGUGAAGCAACUUGGUGAUGAACCAUUUAGUGACUUUGUGAAAACAGCACGAAGGUUAACAAUUUUAACGGAUGCAAGCAGCGUAGGAGCUAGGGAGUAGAGCGAACCAGUAAAAUCUCCAUUUUGAUAUCAAACUGUACAGCUGGAUGACUGUGAGCGCUAUUCCUGCACUUUUUUCUUGGACAUAUUCAGUAGUAGAAGCUCAAACUGUUGAAUGAUUGAGACUUUGCAACUUUUCAGUUCAAAUCUUGGACAGUAUGUUUACUAGGUAUCGCGAUUGCUUUGAGUUUUAUUUUCAGACAAUACCUACAACGAACAAGAUAAUCUUGCUUUUUGUAGGCUUUGUCUUCUCAUUCUGUCGUCGUUGGUGGAAGCCUUCUUAGGAGGCUACUUUUAGCGUGUUUGUUACUGCGAUGGUAGAAAUUCCUUCUCAUUUUCGGUCUAUUGUAAAAGUCUUUUACAGUUCAAAAUUUGAGAAAUACAAGCGUCGUGCUGACUUGAGCCAUUA